AUGCAGUUCACCGCCCUCUUCCUCUCCCUCGUUGCCGUCGCCAGCGCCGCGCCCGCCGAGCUCGUCGGCCGCGCCGCCACAACCUGCGGCUCCGUCUACUACUCGGCCGCCCAGGUCAAUGCCGCUGCUCAGGCUGCGUGCGACUACGUAACCAACGGUAGUACCGCCGGCAGCUCGACCUACCCUCACAAGUACAACAACUACGAGGGCUUCAACUUCCCCGUCUCUGCUCCCUACUACGAGUUCCCCAUCAAGUCUGGUGGUGUCUACACCGGUGGCUCCCCUGGCGCUGAUCGCGUCGUCAUCAACAAGUCGUGCGCCUUGGCUGGUGUCAUCACCCACACCGGCGCCAGCGGCAACAACUUUGUCGGUUGCUCAGGCACGUCUUAA